AAUAAAAGUAUCAUUUUUUUUUUCUUUUUUUUUUUAUACACAAACUUUUGUUAGUAGCAUUGCUGAAAUGUCUAGAAUAUUAAAAAUAACUCGUGCUUUAUCAAUAAAUACUACAACACAACUUUUUAAUCGUCCACUUAUAUCUUCUGUUUUCACAAAACGAGGGGCAUCCACCUAUUACCAACAUAAUCAACAACAAGAUGAUAUUCUUCAAUAUAGAGAUAAACCCGAAUCAUUAUCUUAUUUUACAGGCAAUUUCAAGUAUAACGAUCUUUUAAUUGAGCUCGAUGCACUCUAUAAGCAAUUUGAAGAUUGGAAACCAGAAACAAAGAAAAUAGAUGCUGAAUUACCCUCUGAGUUAGCUGUUGUCAAAGCAACACAGAAUGAAAUCACGUAUUCUUGGAAAUCAAAAGACAAGAUGUCAGAGCAUUUAAGUAUUCCUCUCACUACAUCACAAUGGAGAAAGAUUAUGGGCCACCUAAACAUGCUUGCAUCACUUCCUAAACCCUUACCUCCUGCUGUAGCCAACAUUUUAGAACCUUAUCAACGAUUUGAUGCUACUAGUCAAGAUGUAGGAAACAGCAAGAUUCGCACUCUAGAUGAUAUGGGUCGUGCCUUUGCAGUUGGACGUAGAAAGGAAUCACGUGCUAAUUGUUAUCUGGUUGAAGGUGAAGGCAAGAUUCUUGUGAAUGGUAUCGAGUUGAAUGACUAUUUUCAAAGAUUGGUUGACAGAAAUGAAGUGACUUUACCAUUAGAUGUGACAGAGACCAAGGAUAAAUACAAUGCAUGGAUUCUUGUAAAGGGAGGAGGAAGUACAGGUCAAGCACAGGCUAUUAAGCUGGGUCUUGGUAGGGCUUUAUUGAUUCAUAAUAGUGAAUUGAAGCCUACCUUACGUAAAGCUGGCUGUAUUACUCGCGAUCCUAGAGUGGUUGAACGUAAGAAAGAAGGUCAAAGAAAGGCUCGUGCAAAGUAUACCUGGGUCAAGCGUUAAGGGGGAUUUUAUUUUAUCUCAUUAUUUGUAUAGUUGUUGUAUUAAAAAAAAAAAAAAUCUAGAAGAUAUCAAUUUUUUUCAUUUUCAGAUUAGC